UCAUCGGCGAGAAUUUACGACUGGUCAACAAAACCACGUGACUUCUCCCAUCUCUCUCUUUCACACACGCACACACACACACACACCCCUCCUCUGGCAAACACACACACACACAGAGCACCCCACCCCCACGUUCCAUAGCUAAAAAGCAACGCCAUAAUUGAUGAAUCCAUCAUAAAUCCAUGAAAGUACGCGCGCUAUUCCAAGGAAUCCAACAAGAUCUUCAAGUUCGGAACCAAAACUAAAUGAGUUCUUACUUUGCCAACUCCUUCUCAGGCCGCUUCCCAAAUGCCCCCCCCGACUAUCAGCUACUAACUUAUGGACCCAGCGGCGGCGGCGCGCCGAGCGGCGGGGCGCACCGGGACUCUUCCACCAUGCACCAGCUUGCUCCUUACGGCUACGGGUACGCCGGGAUGGACUUGACCCUAUCCAACCGGGGAGGGGGGGACACCGGAGGACCGUUGUUCUCUCGUGGGUUCAAUGAGAGGAGGACAAGCUGCUCCCUCGCCAACCGGAGCUCCUCUCCCCGCUCGGAGCAAGCAGGAAGCGGGCUUCUUAACGUCCUCGGCCUGCCCCACUCGCCCGCCUCCGGGACGCAUCGGUUAGCGGAGCCCAACGACGAAGCGCCGGAAGCAGACGAAACGCUGCCGGACACCCGGGCCGGGAUGGAGGACUCCCAGGCCGGGAUGGAGGACACGCAGCCGGCCCAGAAACGAGAGGGCGGUCCGGUGGGAAUCUCCAACCCUUGCAGCGACGCUCCACAGAUCUUCCCCUGGAUGAGAAAGCUGCACAGCGGCCAUGAUAUGACGGGCCCCGACGGGAAGCGUGCACGGACGGCGUACACGCGCUACCAGACUUUGGAGCUGGAGAAGGAGUUCCACUUCAACCGCUACCUUACACGCCGACGCAGGAUGGAGAUCGCCUGCACGCUUUGCCUCAGCGAGCGGCAGAUCAAGAUUUGGUUCCAGAACCGCAGGAUGAAAUGGAAGAAGGACAACAAGCUGAAAGGUCAACCUUAGCGGAGGCAAAGAAACAAGAUGGAGGAAAGCCCAAAGACUGAAUGAGCAUUUCUUCUGCAUGUUGGACGUCCAGGAAUUCAUGUGGUACCCCCCCAGCCUGCCAUAGUAUGUCCUAUAUACUUUCCCAAAUAUGCCACAUUCAAGUCUGCCUGAUUCUUCACCAAGCAGGACAACUCUUUCUGUGUGUUCUUUCUUCCAAUCAAGAAAUCAAAAUAAGAAUAAUAAUAACUAUAAGUAUAAUUCAUGGGCUGAUAUGAGGGAAUUUUAACAUCACCGCCAUAAAUUCCAAAAUAUUUUAAGUAGUUCCAAAAAAUCAUUUGAAAAACCAUCCGAGGAGGCAAUAUUAUCCGUACUGUGGAGGUGAGCAAACCAAGCGCUUCUUUUUUCUCCUGCCUGUGACGCUGACCGCCUGUCCUAACCUCCUCUGAACUCACAUGGAACAAACAUUCACUUUCCCAGGAAGACAUUUUGUGUGCCAAAUGCUCCAUGAUGGGAAUGUGUGUGUGUGUGUGUGUGUGUGGGAGGGGGGGGGGUCAUCAAAGACACAAAACCCUUCACCAGCCACCCGAAACACCAGCACCGCGCCGCGUUUCAAAAGUACAAAAGGUUUUCCAGAGACCUCCAUGGCGUCACCCCAGCUGCUCAGAGCGUGGGCCCGAAUAAGGUGCACCUUCCUGGGCCACACCAGGUGGCUCCCCCCCUCUAUACUAUACUAUACUAUACUCAGCUAUUGCUGUACAGGCUAGUCCUGAGAGUAGUGAUGGACUAGUAUACUAGCACACAUUAAGAGUUGAAUAAUAAUAAUGACAUUUUGGAGUCUAUUUCCACAUAAUAUGAGUUAAAUAUUUUGUGUGAGUUAAUUAUGACUUGUGUAAUAUCAAUAUUUAUAGGAUAAUGUUGAGCUCAUUUAAGGCAAUGUGUAUUUUUUAUUUUGUGUAAACUUCUGAAAUUCAUUUUUGAGUUCUGUGAACUUAUUAAGGUUCAUGUGUCCUGAUACAUGAGGACAAAUCCUCCUUUCCUCCAGGCCUCCUUGCCUCCAGAUGUGCAUCAACUCCACUUACUCUAUACAUCUAUAUCCAAAAAGCAGAUCUUAAAUAGCCUCAGUUAUUGGUAUGAUCUGAGAAGCACUAAUAUCAGCGAUAUCAUGCAUCAUAACCCUAUGGCAUCAAGUUUUGUAUGAGGUCUUAUUGAAUGCUGCCAUGCAUACUUUAACCCUGGGAUGGCUACUGUCUGCAUGUGCUGAUAUUAAAAUGAUGGCUAUAUAUUUAAUAUACUGUAUCAUGCUGGGCUAAUAUUAAAAUGAUAGGUAUAGUAUAUAUUUAGCAUCACGUUGGGCUAAUAUUAAAAUAAUAAAUAUAGCAUCAUGCCGGGCUGUUAUUAUAUACAUUAUCAUCAUUGAAAGGGAUCAAUUGCGGUACAAUAAGCCACGCCCACAAUCAGAAAUAAUUAUUCACAUACUGUACAUACAUGAUACUCAAUAGGUUGCAUUUCAUUCAUAGUGAAAACAUAUUUGGAAUAUUUGUCGUAAUUACUGAAAUAAAAUAAUUGAUUUUUUUAUAUGUUUCAAUACAAAUAUCUUUCUGCAGCACAUAAUAUAAAAAUA